CAAUGAUUAUACUGCAACAAUAACAACAUUAGCCACAAGCUGACUAGUUAGGGGAGCAACUAUAUCUCUCUAAUAACAGAAAAAGAAAAAACUCAAGGUGAGAGAACAUGGCAUCCCCUCCUACCUCCCUAGUGUUCAAAGUGCAAAGACGGCAGCCGGAGCUGGUUUCACCUGCUAAACCCACACCGCGAGAGCUGAAACAUCUUUCUGAUAUCGAUGAUCAAGAAGGUCUUCGAUUUCAGAUUCCCGUCAUACAGUUUUACCGUUAUGAUCCCUCUAUGAAAGGAAAGGACUGCGUGAAAGUGAUUCGAGAGGCGAUAUCACAAACACUAGUGUUUUACUACCCUUUUGCUGGUAGGCUUAGAGAGGGGCCUGGCCGUAAGCUUAUGGUGGACUGUACCGGCGAGGGUAUUCUCUUCAUUGAGGCCAAUGCUGAUGUUACGCUCCGCCAAUUUGGUGAUGCUCUUCAACCUCCCUUCCCUUGCUUGGAGGAGCUUCUCUAUAAUGUUCCUGGAUCCGAUGGGGUUCUUAAUUGCCCACUCUUGCUGAUUCAGGUGACUCGCCUCAAGUGCGGCGGUUUCAUCUUUGCCUUGCGUCUUAACCACACCAUGAGUGACGCAGCCGGGCUCGUGCAAUUCAUGACGGCCGUGGGAGAGGUAGCGCGUGGCGCGCGUGUCCCCUCCAUCUUACCAGUUUGGGGAAGGGAGGCAUUCAAAGCUCGUGAUCCACCACGCAUGACAUGCACCCAUCACGAGUACGAUGAUGUGCCAGAUAUCCAUGGCACUCUUAUCCCACUUGAUGACAUGGCUCACCGGUCGUUUUUCUUCAGGCCUACUGAGAUAUCCGCCAUUCGUAGAUUCCUCCCGGACCACCUCCGCAAGUGUUCUACAUUUGAGAUCCUCACGGCGGCUCUCUGGCGGUGCCGUACUAUAGCCCUUCAGCCUAAAGACCCAGAACAGGAGGUCCGUGUGCUCUGCAUUGUUAAUGCACGUUCCAAGAUAGUAAACCCUCCAUUACCGACUGGUUUUUAUGGCAAUGCCUUUGCAUUUCCUGUGGCACUCACAUCUGCGGCCAAGCUUUGCCAGAACCCGCUCGGCUUUGCACUGGAGUUGGUGAAGUCCGCGAAGGCUGAUGUGACCCAGGAGUACAUGCGCUCGCUGGCAGAUCUCAUGGUCAACAGGGGCCGGCCUCAUUUCACCGUGGUUGGUACAUACCUCGUCUCAGAUGUGACUCGUGCCGGGUUCGGAGAUGUGGACUUUGGCUGGGGCAAGGCAGCUUAUGGUGGUCCAGCAAAAGGUGGGGUGGGUGCUAUACCUGGGGUGGCCAGCUUUUACAUACCGUUCCGGGACAAUAAUGGCGAGGAUGGAAUUGUGGUGCCGGUUUGUUUACCAGCUCCGGCUAUGGAUAGGUUUGUGAAAGAAAUUGAUGGUAUGCUGAAAGCGAAGGCCAUUGACUUGCCUCCUCAGACGUCCACUUCUUUUAUUAAAUGUGCCCUGUGAUGGUCUUCUUUUUAUUAAAUUAAUGUGCCCUGGUAUGAACGUUCAAAAUAAUCUUGUGGUUUGUUCAACAUGCUUUGUGCGCAAACAAUUGGCAAAUGUACUGUAUAAUUUAAUAACAAGCCAAAAAGAUUAUUAUAUUUGUAAUACUACGUUG